UUGACCGGGUCUAGCGACCACGAACAUGUGGCCGUCCCGAGCCUCUCGCUCUUCUUCUGUAUGCAACUAUACCAAUAUCCAUCGUUUGAUACAUUCACUGUUGAUCCGUAUGAAUCAGUCGUCCUCGCCUAUAGCUGUUGCCAAUCCAACAAUCCCGAUGCUAGACUUUGACCGACUGGACGCGUCUACUUCGUAGUGCCAACCAAGCCCCGACUCCAUGGCUUCCAAAAUCCCGCGCGCGCUGAUAGCGUGGAUGCAGCCCGUCCAUGGCCCUGUUCCCGGUGUCAACAUCUCUUCCAAGAUGCCACGGCAGCUCAUUCCUCCCCGCGUGCAAGCUCCGGCUCCGGCUCGAGCAUUCUUCUCAACAAAGCCGCACCCCGAUCCCGCAGCUCCGCUCCCAGCCGCUGCUGCAAUGCAGAACACGGAGGCACAAUCAUCACGUCCCCGAGAAGCCGAGCCUGAGUUCACGCCCAACCUUGUCGCAUCCCAACUCGGCGACGCCCACAAAAUCAAGGACGCCCUCGAUCUGUACAGGCUCAACGACUGGGGCUUUGUCCUGUUCCGCUGCACCUACCGAUCCCAGGAGAAAUGGGACAAGUUUGCCGCCCUUGUUUGGGGGCACGCCCGCGACCCCUUCGAGGAGGCCGGGCUAAUGCACGUCUACGCUCGCAUGCGCUGGACCGUCUUCGAGAACCCGGCCGGGCUCGACGGCGCUGACAUAGUCGAGACGAGCCGCCGGUUCAUGGACUGGGUGGAGCGGGGCCCGGGCGGCCGGGAGCUGGCGGGCAGUGUGUUCUGCAACUUCCCGCCAGACUGUGUUGACACGCCGAGGCACACUUUCUUCUUGCACGUCGACGAGGAGAGCCUGGAGAGCGUGGUGGACGACGCGAGGGCGAGGGAAAAGGGCGGGUACUUUUGCACGGUGGUGAGAGCGAACAAUGUGUUCUUUAACGGGGUAGAGGCUCUAGGGAAUGGUGAGUAUCUCUGGGAUGGGGGGCGGAGACUGGAGGAGGAAGACAUGGAGGAUAUAUGCAAGCGCGUCAGGAUCGAUGAUCUGGUUGGUGUGUAUGCCGACCUCCAAGUCAGCCAAGACCUGUGGUAUUGCCUCGCACAGUUUGGCGACAACAUUUUCGUGCGCUGAGUUGCCAACUUAGCUUACUCGAACCGACCUGCCUUUACGAUGUACAACACAUCCUGAGGAGAAGCUCGAUAGCUUUGAUCGCCUUGCUGUUACGGUCACGCUCAAUGGAGAGACACGUUGGGACUCAGGUUUCGGAGCGAGCUAAGCCUAAGGAGUCGGGUGCAACUGAGCCCGCAAAGAGCGUGCACCUCCGGGAGUAGCGAUCAGGCCAUCUACCUGCAGCUCGAAAUACCUAAUCUACAUACAAG